ACGCACGAAUAGAAAACACGUGCACUAAUAAAAAACCCACGCAAAUUCAAUUCGCAUACACGCACACAAUUUGAAAUACAACGCAACUAAAUAAUUUCAAAAAUGUUUGUUUCCGAAUAUUUGAAUUGUAAUAAUAUAUAGUUAACAAGCUUUACGACAGAGUUUAGUAUUCGAGAAUGGAAGCGGCGAUUCGCUAUUAUUUUAAUAAACAGUACAAAUACCAAACUAUAUUAGAUUGCUUGGAAAAGUUUCAUGACAUAAAAAUAUCCAAAAGGACCCUUCUCAAUAAGCUUAAAGAAUAUGGGUUAGGCCGAAGGAGGUAUAACGCCAAUGACGAUCAGGUAAGGGAAUGUAUUCAACAAGAGCUCGAUGGCAACGGGAGGCUACUGGGAUACCGGGCAAUGUGGAGGAAACUUCAGUCUCAUCAUGGAAUAUAUGUACGUCGCUUAACAGUCCAAACUAUUCUUUCUGAGCUUGAUCCUGAAGGUUCAAGACUAAGAAAAGCCCAUCGACUACAGCGUAGGGAAUACCUAAAUCCAGGACCGAACUACAGCUGGCAUGCUGACGGGUAUGAUAAACUAAAGCAAUUCGGUUUUCCCAUACACGGUUGUAUAGACGGUUUUAGUAGAAGAAUCAUGUGGCUUGAGAUUGUCAGAACAAACAAUAACCCACACGUUGUAGGAAAGCUGUUCCUUGAUUGUAUAAAAGAGCAACGAAGUUGUCCAACAGUUUUAAGAACAGAUAAAGGGACAGAAAACGGCAUAAUGGCUACGGCCCAAUGUUUCUUGCGUCGUAAUCACGUGGAUGGCCAGCGAGGUACAAAUGCUCAUCGUUAUGGGUCAUCUCAUACUAAUCAACGGAUAGAAGCAUGGUGGGCCAUGUUGCGCCGUUCAUGGUCGUCUUGGUGGAUUAACUUUUUCAAAGAUCUGGCAGCCACAGGCGUUCUGGAUACAAGUAACGAAAUACAUCUCGAGUGCCUCUGGUUUUGUUUCGUAAAAGUUAUGAAGAAGGACCUGAAAGGAAUAAAAGAAUCAUGGAAUACCCAUUACAUAAGAAAAUCGCGAUACUAUACCGCACAUGGAAUCCCUGAUCAACUUUUCUUUCUACCCGAGUCUGUUGGUGCCGAAAAUUAUCAGAAAGAAUAUUUACAACCUGAUAUGGAUGAAGUUGAACGUUAUAUCGCCACAGCAACCGAAGACGAAUCCCAUCAAAUCUACCAAGAGUAUUUUGAAUACAGUUCUGCCGUGUUAGGAUUUCAGGAGCCAAACACUUGGAGAGAAUCCCUGGCAAUGUUUCAACGCUUGAUUGGGGUUGCCGAGUAAUAGAAUAAAACUAACGUUUAAAAAACUUUGAAACAGUUGUGUUAAAUCUAUUUGA